CGGGGUUGGCGGCGGCGCCAUUUUGAAUUGGCUGAGGGUCGGAGGCGGCGGCUGCCGAGCAGGGUUCCGCGUCCCCCGAGGGAGAACCCGCCAGGAAGGAGCGGAUAUGGCCGCGAAUAGGAACUUAAAGCAAGUGCGGAUCGAAAACAGCUCCCCAGCGGUGCCGCUGGGCAUGGUGGGGGGCGGCGGCGGCGGCAACCUGAAAGGUUUGCGCGGCCUAGAAGCGGAGAGUGAGGCGGCGGCGGCGGCCAUGGCUCUGGUGCCGAGCAAAGAAGGUGGCGGAGAUGAGGAGCAGGAGGUUGGGUUCACCAUCGACAUCAAGAGCUUUCUCAAGCCAGGCGAGAAGAGCUACACGCAGCGUUGCCGGCUGUUCGUGGGGAAUCUGCCUACUGAUAUCACCGAGGAGGAUUUCAAGCGCCUUUUCGAGCGCUACGGGGAGCCCAGCGAGGUCUUCAUCAAUCGGGACCGUGGCUUCGGCUUCAUCCGCCUGGAAUCUAGGACCUUGGCUGAAAUAGCAAAGGCAGAACUUGAUGGUACGAUUUUGAAGAGCAGACCACUUCGAAUUCGAUUUGCUACCCAUGGAGCUGCCUUAACUGUGAAGAAUCUGUCGCCUGUGGUUUCCAAUGAGCUGCUGGAACAAGCAUUCUCGCAGUUCGGGCCAGUGGAAAGAGCCGUUGUUGUAGUAGAUGAUCGCGGCAGGGCUACAGGGAAAGGUUUUGUAGAGUUUGCAGCAAAACCUCCAGCACGGAAAGCUCUGGAAAGAUGCAAUGAUGGGGCAUUCUUGCUUACAACAACACCUCGACCUGUUGUUGUAGAGCCAAUGGAGCAAUUUGAUGAUGAGGAUGGACUCCCUGAGAAGCUAAUGCAAAAAACACAACAGUACCACAAGGAAAGAGAACAGCCUCCACGCUUUGCUCAGCCUGGAACAUUUGAGUUUGAAUAUGCUUCACGGUGGAAGGCUCUUGAUGAGAUGGAAAAGCAGCAGCGUGAGCAGGUUGACAGGAACAUUAGAGAAGCCAAAGAGAAACUUGAGGCAGAAAUGGAAGCAGCUAGACAUGAGCAUCAGCUAAUGCUGAUGAGGCAAGAUCUCAUGCGUCGUCAGGAAGAGUUGAGGCGCUUGGAAGAGCUUCGAAACCAAGAACUUCAAAAACGCAAGCAGAUACAAUUGAGGCAUGAAGAAGAGCACAGACGUCGGGAGGAAGAGAUGCUACGCCAGAGGGAACAGGAGGAAUUACGACGACAGCAGGAGGGAGGAUUUAAGCCAAAUUUCAUGGACAAUCUACUGGAGUUAAGUUUGACUUGGAGUUUGUACACGUAUUUACCCAGACUAAGAAGAAACUAACUUUCAGUUUCAGUUGUCUGCUUGGUACCUAUUUUGGACUCAUCCACCUCUCUAAAUCCUGAGAUUUUGCUUGGUGGCACUGAGACUUGCAACUAAAAUAACUUCCUCUGCUUAGAACAGUUUGUCUUUGCUCAAGGGAUCCAUGUUUAAAGAAAGAAUAAAAUGCCCAAGAAGCAAUAAGCGAGAUUUCUGUAGAAAUAGUAUUUUUGCAUGCGAGGAAGCCUGUUAAUGGGUCUGUUGCAUAGUGUGAAGGAAGCCUGUUUAGUGACCUGGUUUCUGUCUCUCAAGCCAGUGCCUUCCAUGUAGGUUUUUUUUUCUUAAAUGUGACCUUUUGAUUAGCCUCCAGCGUUUUGCUUCAGUAGCUCUCACAGAGCAGAAAAUGUUAAUACUGGUAAUGCAGAAAACUGAUAGAAAUAAAUAUAAAUUAACUUAGUGCUGUUACCUAUCUAUUGAAACCAGGAUGUUAUUUUUUAAAUUAAAAUAUUUAUUAUUUUUCUCAUUCAUAUUUCACAAGCAUCCAUGUCAAAGUAUUUUUUUCUUAUUACUGGAGGCAGUGCUUGUUUUGGGUUAUUAGAUCAUCCAUGAGGAAAAUGGAGUUUAAAUCUGAUACUUCUGUCUUCCAUCAAGUACACUUUAAUCGUGCAAAGGUUGGGUAUUACUUUCCAAUAAUUAGCACUUUUAAUAAACAGUGGUUUUGGUAAGAGGAUGAGUUUCAGUAGAGCUGUUUUGUAACUGUUCAGAUGAGGAGUUCAGUAGAAACUGAAGCCUGAAGAGUCAAUUAAAUAUAUUUGAGGUUUGCUAUUCAAAGAUGUUUUUGAUCUGAACAUAAUCUUAAAAUCAUAGCAUGAUUUGGUUUGGAAGGGACCAUUAAAGGCCAUCUAGUUCAUUGUCUCCUGCAAUGAGCAGGGGCAUCUUAAGCUACUUUAGGUUGCUCAGAGCCCCACACCAUCCUUAAUGUUUCCAGGGAUGGGGCAUCCACCACCUGUCUGGGCAACUUGUUCCAGUAUUUGUUUGCUCUCAUUGUAAAAUUUUUUUUUAAAUUCCUUUCACCUAGUUGGAAUACCCACUCUUAGUUUAAGGCUAUCACUCCAUGUCAUGUCACAACAGUCCCUACUAAAAUAUUUGUCACCGUUAUGAUUUCCUACAGUGGCAAUGGCUCGUUAGUUUAGGCCUAAAGUUGUGUAGGAUGAAGGAGUGUUUGCAUUACUUUUGUUCUGUACAUGACAUGAAGCCCUUGCUACAGGUCUCAAAUGCAGUUUGGGUUAUCCUAGACAGGAUAGCUAGUAGUUGUCUGUUCUGAGAAAAAUAGAAUAUGAUGUUGAAAUUAGACUUUGUUUAUCUUCAGGUUUUGUUUAUCUUCCUAUGUGCUUCUGGGUUUUAUAAUACCUUAAAAAUGUUAUUUUCUUAUGGAGUCUUCCUGUUUGUUUCCCCCACCAUUUUUGAAUUAUUAAACAUUUGUUUUAACUAUAGGGGAACUUCUGAGUUUAGGUAAGAACCAGCUAUUCGUGUUUGUCUCUAUUGAUUGGGUGAUCCCCAUUGAGUCCCUGUCAUAAUUCUGACCUUUGGGUCUAUUGUACAUAAAUAAAAUGGUAGUUUUUGUUGGAUAUUUUUGAUGAAACCAGCCAGCGUAGCUUAAGAGUGUGUGAGCUUGGGCUAGGGUGUUUAGCUAGAAAACAAUAUUUCUCAAUCUGUUUGGAUCUGUUCAGAUGACCAUUUUUUUACCCUUUUGAUGGAAAUACUAGAAUUGCCUGAUAGACUGUAUUAUUUUAUCAGUCAGAACUUUGUGCAAAUGACAAGCAUCUUCCUCAUUCAGGUCUGCCUCAUUGCUCCAGUUUUACAGGAAAUGGCCUACAAGUUGUGUAAAGUAACUGUGGAGCUUGACUGAAACUGCAGAAAGUUUCACUGAUGCUUCUCUGUUUAUAUUUUCUUAUGUUUUAGUGUGCUCUGUGUGUGGACAGGCCAUAAGUUAAGUCAAGAAAUCUUAAACAUUGAACUAUUCUGGUUAUAAGCAACAUCCAUAACCUCUAUAAAAGACACUAUACGGGAGCUAAAAGUUUCUCCUACAGGACCUCUUUGUAGGAUUGAAGGACUUCAGCUUUCAGCUUCCUUUUAACAAAUACUUGCAUAUUCUAUUUAAUUGUAACUCAAAUUAAUUAUGAGUUAACAACUACAAUUGUACUGGUUUUUAUGUUAUGAUUUAUUUGGCAUGUAUAGUAUCUACUUGGUGAGGAAAAGUUGAUAAUAGGGAAGUCUGGCAGAAUCAUAUUUACUGUACUGUGGCUAUAACUAGAGGUGCUCUUAAGUUGAUUUUUGCAGUCUUAUAGUUGGCACUUCUAUUAAGAAGUAGAUUUUCACAUAAAUAUUCCAUGAUAAAGGGUAUUCUUGGCUGAUUAAUUUCUCUUCUAAGUAAACAUUGGUGACUUUCACUACAUCUUAUUGAAUCUUGCAUUUGGGGAAAACUCUUUUUUUUUGACUCCAUCCAGUGUUCACUCCUUUAUAAAUAUUUGCGUAGAUUUGGGAUCUCUGUAGGGAAAACAUAACAAUUUGGGAAAUCUAAAAUGCAGCAUUGUUCUAUAACACCUGAUUUUCAGUUUAGUAUUUUAGUGCAUUUCUGCAUAAGGGUAGAGUUAACCCAGUCUUUCUUACCAGUUAAGCAGUCCUUCAAGUCUACCCCCACCAUGGUAAAUAGUGAAGUGCAUCUUAAAUAAUUUGCAGCUUGCCAGGUUGUCUGUUUUGAUACUUAUCCACUCUUUUGACAUUUCUUCAGCUCAUAGAAAACCAGAAUAAUUCUAAGAUUAAAUUCUCUAAUAUACCUCUGAAGAUGUGAAUAUAUUGUGAAUGUAGUGUAAUUGUUACAUGUCUCAGUCAUGAACUUGGUGAUAUGCUGUGUAUUUCUUCUAGAAAUUACUUUUGUGGGUAAGUAAACAGUAAAGUGCCUUUGAAAAAAUA